AUGGACGUGGUUUCUUUUGAAAAUGUUCUCGCCUCCCUCCCUGAAGAGCUCUCAAGGGUAAAGAACCGUACAAUAGGAUCGGGAUCUGGUCCCAGAGAUCAGCCCAUAACACUGGUCCCGGGAUCUGGUCCCAGAGAUCAGCCCAUAACACUGGUCCCGGGAUCUGGUCCCAGAGAUCAGCCCAUAACACUGGUCCCGGGAGCUGGUCACAGAGAUCAGCCCAUUACACUGAUACCCGAAUCUGGUCCCAGAGAUCAGUCCAUAACACUGAUACCCGGAUCUGGUCCAAGAGAUCAAUCCAUAACACUGGUCCCUGGAUCUGGUCCCAUAGAUCAGUCCAUAACACUGCUCCCUGGAUCUGGUCCCAUAGAUCAGUCCAUAACACUGGUCCCGGGAUCUGGUCACAGGGAUCAGCCCAUAACACUGGUCCCGGGAUCUAGUCACAGAGAUCAGCCCAUUACACUGAUACCCGAAUCUGGUCCCAGAGAUCAGUCCAUAACACUGGUCCCGGGAUCUGGUCAAAGAGAUCAGUCCAUAACACUGGUCCCGGGAUCUGGUCCCAUGGAUCACUCCAUAACACUGGUCCCGGGAUCUGGUCAAAGAUAUCAGUCCAUAACACUGGUCCCGGGAUCUGGUCCCAUGGAUCAGUCCAUAACACUGGUCCCCGGAUCUGGUCCAAGAGAUCAGUCCAUUACACUGGUCCCGGGAUCUGGUCCAAGAGAUCAGUCCAUAACACUGGUCCCGGGAUCUGGUCCAAGAGAUCAGUCCAUUACACUGGUCCCGGGAUCUGGUCCCAUAGAUCAGUCCAUAACACUGGUCCCGGGAUCUGGUCCAAGAGAUCAGUCCAUUACACUGGUCCCGGGAUCUGGUCCAAGAGAUCAGUCCAUUACACUGGUCCCCGGAUCUGGUCCAAGAGAUCAGUCCAUUACACUGGUCACUGGAUCUGGUCCCAUAGAUCAGUCCAUAACACUGGUCCCGGGAUCUGGUCCAAGAGAUCAGUCCAUUACACUGGUCCCGGGAUCUGGUCCAAGAGAUCAGUCCAUAACACUGGUCCCGGGAUCUGGUCCAAGAGAUCACUCCAUAACACUGGUCACGGGAUCUGGUCAAAGAUAUCAGUCCAUAACACUGGUCCCGGGAUCUGGUCCCAUAGAUCAGUCCAUAACACUAGUCCCGGGAUCUGGUCAAAGAGAUCAGUCCAUAACACUGGUCCCGGGAUCUGGUCCAAGAGAUCAGUCCAUUACACUGAUACCCGAAUCUGGUCCCAUGGAUCAGUCCAUAACACUGAUACCCGGAUCUGGUCCCAGGGAUCAGUCCAUUACCCUGAUACCCGAAUCUGGUCCCAUGGAUCAGUCCAUAACACCGAUACCCGGAUCUGGUCCAAUGGAUCAGUCCAUUACACUGAUAUCCGAAUCUGGUCCCAGAGAUCAGUCAAUUACACUGAUACCCGAAUCUGGUCCCAUGGGUCAGUCCAUUACACUGAUAUCCGAAUCUGGUCCCAGAGAUCAGUCAAUUACACUGAUACCCGAAUCUGGUCCCAUGGAUCAGUCCAUAACACUGAUACCCGGAUCUGGUCCCAGGGAUCAUUCCAUUACACUGAUACCCGAAUCUGGUCCCAGAUAUCAGUCCAUUACACUGAUACCCGGAUCUGGUCCCAGGGAUCAGUCCAUAACACUAGUCCCCGGAUCUGGUCCCAGAGAUCAAUCCAUUACACUGAUACCCGGAUCUGGUCACAGAGAUCAGUCCAUAAUACUGGUCCCCGGAUCUGGUCCCAGAGAUCUGUCCAUAACACUGGUCCCGGGAUCUGAUCCCAGAGAUCAGCCCAUAACACUAGUCCCCGGAUCUGGUCCCAGAGAUCAAUCCAUUACUCUAAUACCCGGAUCUGGUCACAGAGAUCAGUCCAUAACACUGGUCCCCGGAUCUGGUCACAGAGAUCAGUCCAUUACACUGGUCCCCGUUUCUGGUCCCAGAGAUCAGCCCAUAACACUGGUCCCCGGAUCUGGCUCCAGGGAUCAGUCCAUAACACUUGUCCCCGGAUCUGGCUCCAGAGAUCAGUCUAUAACACCCCAGUCUCCAGAUCUGGCUCCAGGGAUCAGUAUAUAA